AUGUAUUUAACUAGUAUUAUAUUGAUGAAAUACCUAUUGAAUAGCAAAAGGAGGAAUUGCGAGUUAUAUAAUCACCUGUACAAGUCAUGUCGUUUUUAUUGUACUAGCGAAAAACGGAAAAUUUUCCAAUUUUUGGAAGGGAAUAAAUUAAUAACUAAAAAUUUGCUUAUAGAACAUGAAAAUGAUAUAAUAAAUGUUUUAAAAGAUUCAAGAAGAAUAAAAGAUGAAAUAAAUGUUCAAAAUGUGAUAAGAUUACUUCAAGGAUAUAGUAAAAAUAAAUAUAAAAAUGAUACAAUUUCAGAUUUAAUAAUUAAAUAUAUUAAACAUAAUGUUGAGGAUAUAUCACUUAUAAAAUUAUGUGUGUGCACAAAUUAUUUAAUAAAUUUAAAAAUAAAAAAUAAUCAAACUUUUGAUUAUGUAAUAAUUAAUUCAUUUAUUAAAAAAUUAAAAAAUGAUGAACAUAUAGAUUUAUAUGGAAUAUGUCUUAUAUUAAAAUAUAUAAUACAUAAAAAAAUACAAAACCAAGAAUUUAUAUAUAUGUUAUGUGAAUUAACACAAUCGAAAAUAAAAAUUAAUUAUAAUUCAUAUGAUUUAUAUAAUUUAAUAUUGUCAUUUUUAGCUAUACAAAAUGAAAGAUUUAUAAAAAAUUGUUCAUUUUAUAAUGAUAUUACACAAAUUAAUUAUCAAAAUAAUAUUCCUAAACAAACAUAUGACAAUGGAAAAAUAAAUAUAAAUUCUAUAUCAUAUAAAAAUGAAGAACAAAUAUUUCAAGAUAAAUUUCAUAUAAAUAAUGUUAAAAAUUUAAGUCAAAAUUUUGAUAAAGUGGCAAAAAUAUUGGAAAAUAAUAUUUAUAAUUUAUUAUAUUAUUAUAUAAAUCUUGAAAAUGUAAAAACUAGUGAAAUAAUUUUAAUAAUAAGCCAAUUGUCUAUCAUUAGAUCGAAUUGUUUUUUUCACAAAAUGAAUUUGAGUAAAAAAGAUAAAAAAAAUAUAUAUGAAAAAUAUUUAAAAAAAAUUAAUUUUAAGGAAAAUAUUGAAGCAAAGUUAGUAGCUUUAUUAUUAUUUACUAUCCGAAGAAUUAUCAUAGCAGAUGAAAUUUCUAUAGAAACAGUAUAUGAAAUAUUAAUGCAAUGUUAUAACAGUUUUAAAUUAUUUACUAUAAAAACAAAAGAGCAUGCACAGUUAUUAAUAAAUGAACAAAAAUAUAAAGAUAAAAACAAUUCGGUUAAACAGUUGGAAAAUAUAAAAAAAAUUCAAGUUAAUACAAAGGAACUGAUUCGAAAAAAUGAAAUGAAAAAUGAAAUGAAAAAUGAAAUAAAAAAUGACAAUUUCAGUCACAAAAAUAAUAUGAGAACAUAUUUUACCAUCCAAGAAAUAGGAAUGAUUUUUCAAUUUUAUGAUUGUUUUGUUAAUGUUAAAAAAAACAAAAAUUCAGGAAAUAUUUAUACUAAUAAUGAAUAUACAAAUGUAAUAAUUAUGAAUAAUAAAUUUUUAAAAGAAAAUAGACAUGAUAAAACUAAAGAAAUUGUAGAUGAUUAUGAAAUAAAAAAUAAAAAUGAAAAAGGAAGUUUUAAUAUUAUUAACAAUUUGAAGUCAUGUAUAAAUACACUAAAAAAAUGUUUAUAUUUUUAUUCAUUACAUAAUAAUGAUGAUGAAAUAAAAAAAAUGAACAUUCUUGAUUUUUGUACAAUAUUUAAAGGAUAUUGUAAAAUAUAUACUGAUACAAUAUUAGACAAAAAUAUAUUAACAUGUUUUGAAAAAUUUUUAAAUAUAAAUCAAAAUAAAUUUACAAUUAAUGAAAUAAAGUCUAUACUUAAAUUAAUUUUUGAAAAAAGAAAUUCUGACUUGUUUGAAAAUUUAUGUAAUACAACUAAAAGUAAAUUUUUAAAUAUAAUACAAAAUAUGUUAAUUAAAUAUGUUUUAAGAUUAAAUGAAAAAGAAAUAUAUCAAGACCAAAUAAAAAUAAAACAAAAUCAAAAUGAACAAAAUAUUGAAAAAUAUAUCAUGUGUUUUUAUUAUUUAUCAUUCAUGAAUUUUAAUGCAAAUACGCACAUGUUGUUAAAUAACUAUAUCAUGAAAAAUUUUCGAAAAAACGCUUUUAAAAAAAAUAUUCCAUAUAUUAUUAUCAGCAAAUUUAAUUAUCACAAAUUAGAGACAAAAUAUUUAAAGGCACAUCAAACAGUAGACUAUGAAAAAUACGCAGAAUGGAAGGAAAAUAAACAAAAAAAUUUUAAGUCAGAUGGGGAUACAAAUAGUAGAGUGAUAAAUGAUAAAAAUAUAUUAACUAAUAAUUUGAAUGGGUAUAAAGAUUUAUUUCCUAUAAAUAAUAUAAAAUAUGUUGGAAAUGGGAAUAACAAAUAUUAUAAAGAUAAUUAUGCAAAUAAUGAUAUUGAUAGGAUCCAUAUUUUAUACAAAUUAAUUAACAAACAUUUUGAUCAAUGUAAAAUAUAUUAUAUACUUAAUUCUGUUUAUGUUUUAACAAAAUUUGUAAAAGAAAAGAGAAAUAAUUCAAAUUCGUUAAUACUUUUUUCGAAUUUUAAUUUAAAUAAUAUAUUUGACAAAUUGCAUAACAAAUUAUAUUCCGAUUUUCAGAGUAACCCAAAAUUAGCAAAAAUAAAUUAUGACUAUUUUAUAAAUUUUGUAAAAUAUAAUUAUUGUCUUUCAUUUUUUAAUUAUUAUAUAGAUCUUAAUUAUUUACUAAAAAAAUAUAUACACUAUUGGUAUACAGGAUUUCCUCAUAAUUUUUAUACCCCAUUUAACACUUAUCUUAUGACUAACUUUUUAUUAAAUUAUGAACAAUGUUUGAUAAAUAAAAAUUAUUCUUUAUCUUUAACCCCCCCAAAUAUUUUACCACACAUAAACGAAGUAACAAAUAUAUUAAAUACAAUUAAGAAUGAAAAGACACAAGUUCUUUACAAUUUUAUGAACUAUAUAAAUUUGUAUUACAAUAUUUUAACUAUAAAUGAUAUUAUAUAUAUAAUUAAAUCGUUAAAAUUUUUAGCACCCGAAAUAAAUCACAAAGAUACAAUAACCACAUUAGGCAAAUUAUUAAAAAUUAAAUUAAGUGAAGAAAUAAAAAUAUCUACAAUCUCAGAAUUAUUAAUUGAAUAUAUUAAGUUUUUAUAUCAUUUAGAAUUAUAUAAAAGUGAUUUUUUUCAAAAAUAUAAUAAUUUAAUAGCUAAUCAUCUUAACAUUAUAUUUAAAGCUAUUUUAAAAAAUGUUAUGAACAAUUCAGAAAAUAAUUAUAUAGGAAUGUUGCAACUUUCGAUUAUGUACAUAACUUAUUUUAUUAAAAAUACGGAAUAUAUUUUGAAUUCUCUAUAUUUAGAUCAAUUGCAAAAAAUAAAUUAUUUUAUUAAUCUAUCUCUUAUGGAUUUGGACAAAUAUAGCCAAUCAUGCACCUUUCAGCUACAAAUUUUAAAAGUUCUUCAAAGUAUUACCAAAAAAAUGGAUAAAAAAAUUAUGAACGAGUACAGAAUUUAUAACACCCCAUACACAGUUGAUAUAUUUAUUAAAUAA